AACAAGUCUGAUAAGAUCAAGAGGCAUAUCACAACAAGAGAAACAGAGAAAAUGGCCGUUCAUCUCAUGAAAAUUGCUGCAACUAUAAUCGUCGUCUUCUUCCUUGGGUUCUUCGGUGUGGCCACAAGCACUCCAGAUACAAAUAUAACAAGCGUUCUCUGCAACUCUGGAGUGUAUACAGCUGGUGAUCCUUUUGCUGUUAGCCUAGCCUAUGUUCUUCAGGAGUUGGAGACUGCAACAUCAACACACAAGAAUUAUGACUUCUACGACAUAUCUCCUUACCCUAAUGCAUUUGCAUAUGGGCAUGCUUCUUGUAACCAAAACAUCACAACCCCAGAUUGCACUACUUGUCUUGGUGCUGCAAAAACAGAUAUGCUAGGCACGUGUCAAAAUGCGAUAGGGGGUCGAGCGGUUCUUCGUGAUUGUGCAAUAAGGUAUGAGCAAUACCCAUUUACUGACUGAGCCAUUGGCUUGGCCUCUCUGUUCAAUGAGUUUGAUUUCCACUAGCUACAAGUAGUAGAUGCUGCUGCUGCAUUAUCAGAUUUCCAUGUACGAAAAAUCCUUUCCUUUCAUAUUUUCUUUCCUUUUGGAGAAUGCAUUCAUGGUUUUGUGCCUGUCGGACAUGAAGAUAUCAGUGCACUGAUUGGUUUUUGGUACAUUUAUUCCAUGAAGAAGGAAGAAAUGAUAAAGGCAAAA